AGUUCUGACCUCAUUGCUGAACAGCACAACAAACCAAGCCUCUCUGACUAUGAGUCCCAGCAGCUCUCAGGUGUUUCCAGGACAGUCUGUCUCUCUGAGCUGUGAGGAGGACGACAGCUCUGCUGGAUGGACUCUGAGGAGGAACACGAGUGAUAAAACCAGGACUCAGUGUGGAGAUGACUGGGGAAGACCUGCUGGUUCUAUCUGUAACAUCAGCCACAUGGUCUCAUGGCACAGUGGACUUUACUGGUGUGAGUCCAGAGAGGGAGCAACUAGUAACAGCAUCAACAUCACUGUCACUGGUGGACCAGUGAUCCUGCAGAGUCCUGUCCUCCCUGUGAUGGAGGGAGAAGACCUCACUCUGACCUGUAAAACAAAGACAUCCUCCAACCUCCCAGCUGGUUUCUAUAAAGAUGGCUCCUUCAUCAGGACUGAGCCUGCAGGUCACAUGACCAUCCACCAUGUUAACAGGUCUGAUGAAGGCCUCUACAAGUGCAACAUCAGCAGUGUUGGAGAGUCUCCACCCAGCUGGGUCUCUGUCACAGGGAAAAUAAAGACCUCAGACGAACCUCCAACCUCGCCACCGCCCCCUAACGCAACUUCAGACCUCCUCCACCUUGUGUUCAGACUGGUCUGCCACCUGGUGGUGUUCUGUCCGUACUGCAUCUCUACUUUCAUCAUGGUGUCUUUAUAUCGACACAGGGCCACAGGAAACGGCCUACCUGUCUCCGUGGUGACAACCUCGCCCAACCAGGCUGAGGGGGGAUUGGAUUAUGACUAUGAUGAUGUCGUCACCACUGUCACCACAAAGCAUCACUUCUGAACUGAUCUGAAAUCAGGAUCACAGACGUUACAUCAGGAAGCCGAUAUAAUUGUGAUUGAAACAUAUUUUAUAUAAAAUCAUUGCUUCUAGUUUGAAUUGCGCCUUAACUGCCAGCCACAGCCAUCUCUGUAAUCCAGAAUACUUUCAAUAAAGUUUCCGUAGUUUUUCCUGAA